GCGCAUGCUCGCGGCUGGCGGGCGGAGGGCGGUCCCGAGAGAGUGGAAAGAUUUGGGAGAGAAAGUGCGCGGGAGCGGGCGUGGGACACGAGCGCGCAGGCGCGGCCAGGGGGCGGGUUGCGACUUCGGAAUAUCCGCUAAGCUUACUCGGCGCCGCAUCCGCAUCCCGCCGCCAUGGCCGCCUACAAGCUAGUGCUGAUCCGGCACGGCGAGAGCGCCUGGAACCUGGAGAACCGCUUCAGCGGCUGGUACGACGCCGACCUGAGCCCAGCGGGCCAUGAGGAGGCGAAGCGCGGCGGGCAGGCGCUGCGAGAUGCUGGCUAUGAGUUUGAUAUCUGCUUCACCUCAGUGCAGAAGAGAGCAAUCCGGACCCUCUGGACAGUGCUGGAUGCUAUUGACCAGAUGUGGCUGCCAGUAGUGAGGACUUGGCGCCUUAAUGAGCGGCACUAUGGGGGUCUGACUGGCCUCAAUAAGGCAGAAACUGCUGCCAAGCAUGGUGAGGCCCAAGUAAAGAUCUGGAGGCGCUCCUAUGAUGUCCCACCACCUCCGAUGGAGCCUGACCAUCCCUUCUACAGCAACAUCAGUAAGGAUCGCAGGUAUGCAGACCUCACUGAAGAUCAGCUACCAUCCUGUGAAAGUCUGAAGGACACUAUUGCCAGAGCUCUGCCCUUUUGGAAUGAAGAAAUAGUUCCCCAGAUCAAGGAGGGGAAACGGGUACUGAUUGCAGCCCAUGGCAACAGCCUUCGGGGCAUUGUCAAACAUCUGGAGGGUCUCUCUGAAGAGGCUAUCAUGGAGCUGAACCUGCCAACUGGUAUUCCCAUUGUCUAUGAAUUAGACAAGAACUUGAAGCCCAUCAAGCCUAUGCAGUUCCUGGGGGAUGAAGAGACCGUGCGUAAAGCCAUGGAAGCUGUGGCUGCCCAGGGCAAGGCCAAGAAGUGAAGGCGAGGAGGCAGACUACUAUGGAGAACACCCUCCAAGGAAUACCCUCCCUGCCCAUUCUCUUCCUCUGCACCUUUCCCCUGCAUAUAUCAUACUGACCACAUCUGUAGGCCCCCUAAUUUGUAGCUGCAGAUGGGGAAUUGGUGGCUCCCCUUUUCGUUUUAGCCAUUUUGUCUCCUGCACCCAUUCCUUUUAUAGAAUCUAUUCAGGAUAGCACCUCUGGGGCAUGGGUUCUCAGUCUAAGCCGAGGGUAGGCUCCUCUUAUCCAAGAGCAUUGAGGUAGUAACUUGUGUUUCUGCUACUGCUUUGUUUACUAAGGAUGUGCUUGAGUAAGGGAUAGGGAGGAACUAUGGUAAGGCAUGACCAGUGAGGAGAAGCAAGGGAGUCUAUAUGUGUUCUCGGGAGCCAGUCCUGUACUCUUCUGUAGUCAGGUCACUGUCUUGGGGGGCUCUAGUCAUUCCCAUGGAA